CCGGCGGCGCUCUGUGCAGCAAGCGAGCCCCUGCAGGAAGGGAUCUCCCCGCCAGGGAGCCGAAGCGGGCCAUGUCGGUGGUCACUGGGGGUAGCGAGCCGGGGCCCGCCGCUACCGGAGGAAGCGGGGGGAACCGGGUUUUCUUCCAGAGCCCCCGCGGGGGCAGCGGCGGCGCGUCCCGGGAGGAUUCGGUGGCCCCCGCGGCGGCGGUGGUGCAAGUCCAGCAGCAGCAGCGGCGCCACCAGCAGGGCAAAGUGACGGUCAAAUACGAUCGCAAAGAGCUGCGGAAAAGGCUGGUGCUGGAGGAGUGGAUCGUGGAGCAGCUCGGGCAGCUCUACGGCUGCGAGGAAGAAGAAAUGCCGGAUGUAGAAAUCGACAUUGAUGAUCUUCUUGAUGCUGCUAAUGAAGAGGAGAGAGCCCUCAAAUUACAAGAAGCGCUUGUAGAUUGCUACAAACCCACAGAGGAUUUUAUCAAAGAACUGCUAACUCGGAUAAGAGGGAUGAGGAAGCUGAGCCCUCCUCAAAAGAAGAGUAUAUAACUGAAAAUUGAGCCCUCUUGAGAGAUGUGGCCACACUAAACUGGGACUUUUGAAUAGAACAACUUCUAGUUUGGUCUUUAUGAGCAAUUUAUUCUUACUUUUUGGUUGAGUUCUGACAUUUUAAUGAAUUUGACCACCUCUGUUUUUAAGGCUUUUUUUUAAGUGUCAAUUAUUAUUUUUUUAUCAUGGAUAUCAACAUUAUGGAUGCUGCUUUUACUACCUGAGGAUGAUCAAAGCGUGUGGGGAAACCCCACAUUUAGAAAGACACUAGCUGUCCCAGGCAGUAAUCCUACCUGAUGAAUUCUGUAUAGAACUACUAGGGGGUGGCUGUUCCUUUGCAACCAGUCGGACUGUUCCUUAAGUUGUACACCAGACUCAUGGAUGUUAAGGUUCUUGUGCUUAUGUUACAUAUAUUACCGAGUGAGUUACUAUUGCUUCACAUGGGUGGAAGGGAAAUGUGGUCUAGGUGACUAUUUAAAUGGAAUCUGUAGCAGACAUGGUGUUGGGGUAGGGUAGGGGGUGGGAUGCAAUUUGUUAAAAAGUGAAUGCUGCUACUGUUUCUAAAUGCAUUUCAAGCAUUGGGGCGAAUGCCGUCACUCACAAAGCAACAUAUGAGCAAGCUAGGGAAUUUCAAGGGCUUGAUUUUGUAGGCGUUGAGCUUAUUUUAUUGACUUUGAUGCUUAGCCAGAUCAUCUCAUCUUCACCUCAUUGUAUUGACCUACUGCUGAAGGGUUGGAUGUGACAAUGAGAGAGGUCUCAAUACUGUUUCAGAGAGGCUCUCAGCAGGGCAAAUGGAAGGGAAACCAAUCAGUGCGGUUUGGGCUCAGUUGCUCGCAUUAUUAUGACAAGAAUAUUAGGCCGUUGGGCAUCAGACCUGGCAUGUUGGGUGUGGGAGGCUGGUUUAUAGUUGUGAAAGCAGGAUCCCUAACACUUCAGGAAAACAUUCUUCGCUAAAAUGUUUCACAAGCUACCAUCUGCUGGUAGAUGCUAGUCCGGCAUUUUAUAUCAAGGGUGCUCUGAACAUAAUUUUAUUUUUUAAAAGAAGAAAUACAUGUUUGUGAACUUUAUGUAUACUGGCAAGCUUUUUUAAAUGUAUUUAAUUUUGUAAUGUUUUAUCAAUGACUUUAUUUACCAGAUAUUUACUCAAAUAAAUGCAACAAA